AUGGCAUUUCUGGACCGAACGAACAUUGCCAAUGCCGCCGUGUUUGAACUCCGUGAGGAUCUCAAUCUCCAGGGCACCGACUACAACACUGCCCUCGUUAUUUUCUUCGUGCCGUACAUCUUGUUCGAAAUCCCGAGCAACAUCAUUCUCAAGCGCCUCAAGCCUAACGUGUGGUUGUCUUUGUGCAUGUUUGGCUUCGGCUUGGUCACUAUCUGCCAGGGAUUGGUGACGAACUACGGCGGGCUCCUCACAACUCGAUUUUUCCUUGGUUUGACUGAGGCAGGGAUGUUUCCCGGUUGCUUCUAUCUAAUUUCUGCUCUGAUGCGAAUGUGGUAUCGAAGAGCAGAGGCCCAGAAACGCUACACAUUUUUCUUCGCCUCCACCACUCUCGCUGGUGCUUUCGGCGGCCUCCUAGCAUCUGCCAUCGGAAAGCUGCAAGGCGUGAGAAAUUACAAUGGCUGGAGAUGGAUCUUCAUCCUUGAGGGUAUUCUUACAUGUGUCAUCAGCCUGAUCUGGUGGUUUGUGAUUCCGAACUUCCCAGAAGACGCCAGAUGGCUGUCCGAGGAGGAGAAAACCUUCGUCAAAACCCGACUUGCACAAGACCAAGGCAAAUCCGCCCUCGAGCGCCGUAUUACCGCCCGCGACGUCGUCAACUGCUUCAAAGAUUACAAGAUCUUUCUUGGAGGUCUAAUGUACUUCGGCCUCAUUGUCCCAGCCUAUGGCUACGCCUACUUCGCACCCAGCAUCAUCCGUGGCUACGGAUACUCGCCCAUCCAGACGCAAUUGCACAGCGUGCCACCCUGGGCGGCAGCCUUCGCAUUUUCCAUGCUGGUCGCGACCGCAAGCGACGCUAUACGCCACCGCUUCGCCUUUACCAUCUUCCCGAUCCUGAUCGCCAUCACCGGCUUCGCCGUGCUUCUCAACGUGCACCACGACACGCAAGUCAUGUACGGCAUGCUGUUCCUCGUGACCUGCGGCACCUACAGCGCCAUGCCCAUCAUCGUCUGCUGGUUCACCAUGAAUCUGGGCGGACACCAUCGCCGCGCCGUCGGCUCGGGCUGGAUCAUCGGCUUUGGCAACAUCGGCGGUAUCAUUGCCACCUACGCGUUCCAGACCAAGGAUGCGGUGAACUUCUAUCGGAUGGGCUACAGUAUCUGCGAGGGCUUCAUUUGCUUGAGCGCCGUUAGCUGUAUCGCGUAUGGGGCGGCGUGCUGGUGGCAGAACCGGCAGAGGGAUACGACGACGGAUGUGGGGAUUGGCGAGUACGAGAAGACUGAGAUGGGAGACAUGUCGCCUGACUAUCGGUACAUGCUAUAA